CCCGGCCUAGGAGAAGGGGCGCGCUCUGCGUGACCCGGAUGUACUCUCCUUUCGGUAGGCGGAGAGAGGGGGCUGCAGAGAGCUGGAGUGGUGAGGUGGCGGUCGUGCACCGUCCUCAGUAUGCAGCGAUUACUUUUUCCGCCUUUGAAGGCCUUGAUGGGGAGCCCGGGUCUCCGGCCCCUGGUUCCUAGGGUGGCGCCUAGAGCACAGUGUGGUUGCAGCUGUGGGAUCAGAUGCUCCUUGAGGCCAGGGCAAUACAGCACCAUCUCUGAAGUAGCUUUGCAAUCUGGAAGGGGUACAGUGUCCCUUCCCUCAAAGGCUGCUGAGCGGGUGGUGGGCCGAUGGCUCCUGGUCUGCAGUGGAACAGUGGCUGGAGCAGUUAUUCUUGGUGGAGUGACUAGGUUGACAGAGUCUGGCCUCUCAAUGGUAGAUUGGCAUUUAAUAAAAGAGAUGAAGCCACCUUCAAGCCAAGAGGAAUGGGAAGCAGAAUUCCAAAAAUACCAGCAAUUUCCAGAAUUUAAAAUCUUGAAUCAUAAUAUGACAUUGGCAGAAUUCAAGUUCAUCUGGUACAUGGAGUACUCACACCGAAUGUGGGGUCGCCUUGUAGGCCUUGCAUACAUCCUGCCUGCUGCCUACUUUUGGAGGAAGGGCUGGCUCAGCCGCAGCAUGAAAGGACGUGUUCUUGCCCUCUGUGGUUUAGUGUGCUUCCAGGGUCUGUUGGGAUGGUAUAUGGUGAAAAGCGGAUUAGAAGAAAAACCAGACUCCCAUGACAUCCCUCGGGUCAGUCAGUACCGCCUUGCUGCGCACCUGGGGUCAGCCCUUGUUCUUUACUGUGGCAGCUUGUGGACUUCACUCUCUCUGCUGCUCCCUCAGCACAAGUUGCCUGAAACCCGUCAACUCCUGCAGUUGAGACAAUUUGCUCAUGGAACAGCAGGCCUAGUGUUCCUUACGGCUCUCUCAGGGGCUUUUGUAGCAGGGCUGGAUGCUGGGCUUGUUUACAACUCCUUCCCUAAGAUGGGAGAAUCUUGGAUCCCAGAUGAUCUUUUUACCUUUUCCCCCAUCCUGAGGAAUGUUUUUGAGAAUCCCACCAUGGUGCAGUUUGAUCACCGGAUUCUGGGAAUCACUUCGGUUACUGCCAUUACAGUGCUCUACUUCCUCUCCCGGAGAGUCCCCCUUCCUCGAAGGACCAGGGUGGCAGUGGGGACUCUGCUAGCUUUGGCAUAUACCCAGGCAGGCUUGGGCAUUAGCACUCUGCUGAUGUAUGUCCCGACUCCCUUGGCUGCCACUCACCAGUCAGGCUCCCUGGCUCUGCUCAGCGUUGCCCUUUGGCUCAUGAAUGAACUCCGAAGAGUCCCAAGAUAAUUCUCGGAGGAUCAGCUUCCUAGGACUGAAACUGUACUUUUGAGAGCUCAUAAGACAGCACAAGAACUUGGACUUUCUAAAGGAUGACCUUGGCAUACCAGGUGGUUUCCAAAUUGGCCAGUUUUUAAAAAAUUCUUUGUCUGCUUUUGAAGCAGUCACUUGAUCAAGAAUGUCAUUAAGUAUGGUUACGCUUAACGAUUCCCUUUUAGAUUUCACACUGAAUAUCAGGUUUAACGUAGAGAGAGAAAUGUCUUCAGUUUCCUGCUUCUUAAUAGGCUAUUUCAGCCUUCUUAAUGUUGGCAAGCUCUUGGUUCUACAUGCAUGAUCUCUGUCCUUCUGAGUCCUGAAUUCUGCCUAAGUAGAACAACUUUAUGUUCUCAACUUCAUUCCAUCAGAUGAAGAUUCAAGGGGAAGGAUGGCAUACCUUAAAGUGGCCAGAUAGCCUGUAGCAAGAAACAGCUAGUGUCUUCUAGUAUCCUCAUUUUCAGAAAUGGGGAAAGGGUAGGAGGUCUUGAAAAGCUUUAUGUCUAUAUGCAGCAAAAUGGUUUAUAAGUACUUAGAAAAAGGUAAUUGCUACUAGUAAGCCACUGGAGUCACCAAGCACUAACCUAGUUCCUCUUCUGAUGUCCAGGUCAGAUAAAUGGGAUAGUAUAAAUCAGCUCCUGAAAGGGUUUCCUAACAGCCUCAUGGAAAAAAAAAAUAUGGCCUUGAUGGUGUAGUAUUCAGAUAUUUAAGCAAAUUGUUGAUUAAUGAAUUAUGAUUUUGGUCUCUGUUGGUAUUUUACAGGGCUGUUUUAUUCAACUUUAUUUUUUAAUCAGUGAUUUGUGUAAAGGCAUCAGAAAAAUAAGAAUUGAGGGAUGAAGCAACCCAGCAUUGCUAAUAUAUUAGAUGACAGUCACAAGUACAAUUCCAGAGUGACACCAUCAAGGUGAAAUUUAGAUUAUAAAUGUAACAUCCUCAUUUAAAUUAAGUGGGUUAUAUAAGUUUGGGAUGGAUAAAACUGGUUUCUUAUCAUUUCAUAUGAAAAUGACUUAGGGAUUUCAGUUGCCCACAGGUUCAGCAUGAACAAACAGUGUGAUAACACUAAUAAAAAUUAGUAAUAUUUCAGAUGUUAUCAAUAGAAGUGUCACAGCCAUAGAAUAAUACCUCAGUGAAGUCCUGCAUUUCACUCUGGGUAUCAAAUUUAAGGAUGUUGACCACUCGUAUGUAUCCAGAGGAAGAGCCCAGGAUGGUGAAGAGUCCAGAACCAUAUCACACAGGGAACACUUGAAGACUCUAGGGGUACUUAGUUGGAGGAGAAUGUGGGCAAGAUUCCUGCCCUUGAGAAGUUGAAGCCCUCUCAUGCAUAAGAAGGAAUGAGCUUCCUUUAUGCUGCAGAGCUGGGAGCAGUGGGUGAAAGUUACAGAAACUAGUUUUUAGUUUCUGUAACUUUAGAAGGCAAGAGUAAGUUGGACCAAAUCAAAUGCCCACUCAGGUCAGGUUGGUAGAGACAGUGGCAAACUGGAGAGCAGCAGGUGCCUCAGCUAAGGGGCUGAAACCACUGCUGAGUUCUGGCCUGCUGCUGCUGUGCAGAUCCACGGUUGUCAAAUCUGCCUGGUUUUUUGAAAGAAGCCAAAUAGCUAGAUUUUUAUGUGAAAGCUCUCAAGGAUUGGCAACCAAUUUCAAAAUUUUUUAAACAUUAUUCUGAAUACAUCUGGGAGCCAUAAAUGACCUAAGUUUUGCCUAUUAGCAGUCUCUGGACUAGAUGAUCUUAGUUCCCUUUCAGUUCCCAAUUUUCUGUGAGUUUCAGUGUGACCACUCUCAAGUGGUUCCUAGCAAAACAGAAGUAGACAAUUUGUCUUUGAUUUCUGAGAAAUCCCAGACCUUAUGCUAUUGCUAUGAGUGGUUCCUAGCUUCUCACAUUAGAAUCUUUAGAAAUCCUAAAGCCCAGGCCUCACCCAAAACUAGUUAAGUCACAAUCUCUGGAGGCAGUAAGAGACAUUUUUAUGUUCUUCAGGUGAUUUCAAUGUGCAGACAAGUUUGAGAACCUCUGGCCUAGGCCUAAAUACCCUAAGUUUUGACCAGUUUAUUCCUAUUUCUUCUGAAUAUCCACUCUACCCUAUCUCAUUUCAUCUGCUGUAUUGAUCCUAUAAAUGUGUUAAUGGAGUAUCCCCUCUUCAAGAUAGAAUUCUUUAAAGGCAACUGCAGUCCCUGUGACAAGUUCCCAUACCAUAGAUCCUGAUCCUUGAACUAAGGUUGUCCUUAGUUAAUAACUGAGUCAGCAGAGGGCAGUCUGAUCCAACCCAAAGAAUCAUCUGUUAAUACACAGUUCCCUCCAACAAAAUAGUAAUGAAUGAAGAAAAUAAGUUCAAGUUUCAUGUUUCACGUUUUAGUUUGUUUUUCCUUUAUUGAAGAUGAAUGAGUUAAGAAAAAUAGAUCUGGUUGCAUUUGACUAUAAUAUUUUGAAAGGUCUCUCAACAAUUCUGUCAGUUGUUAUUAAACAUUAAAGAAAAACUCUUGGCUUUCUUAAUCAACCCAGAAUUUUUUUUCUUCAACUUACACUGACAAAUACUGUCCACUGUGGCAGGGGUAACAACUCACUACUGCCUAAAGUGAUGCUGGCUGCCAAGCCAACACAGAGGAUCAUGAUACUGGGAUAACCAAUGUAUGUGUAGCAAUCCUUCCAGUCCUGGAAUGAAUGGUGGGUUAUAGGCUGGCCAUGUCCCUGCAUAAGGGAGAAUGCAUCCCUUCUCUAAUAUGCAUUGCACAUUUUUUUCAACACUGACUUAACAGGAUUUAACAGAACUUUAAGAACGGCUCAGCAAAACUUAUGUGAAGCAUUAGAAAAAUAGACAAUCUUAGCAACCCCUAAAAAUGAUGCAUUGUAGGCAACCAAUGUUUUUCUAAAAUGAGAAGGGAGUAUCUAAUGGAUCAUAAUAAAAAGUGCCUUUCAACAUUGCAGAGUCCUUAAUUCAAGGCAGAAAUAAUGGAGACAAGGCAUAUACUUCAGGGCUUCAACUAAAGGGUAAUUGUGGAAUGAGAAUUUCAGACCAACAUAGUGACAAAUACCAGAAAUCAGUGCCUUUCUAGGAUCCUCGCACAUUUAAGACUGGUUUAGCUAGUAAGGGGCAGAGCCUUUACCACCACUGUCUUAGGCCAAACUCUGGCACGUGGUCUGUGAGAGGAGCUGCUUAGGAAAGUAACAGGGCUACCUUACAUUGGGAAAAUGGAGUGGUAGGUUGCCAGAGAGUAUGUAUGAGUGGCUGCACUGAAAAAAGAGGCUCAGAAGCAGACAUGUCUUCAGGCUUGCCUGAAAUUGUGCAUGCAUAGCUAUCAACAUCCUGUCAGAAUUUUUUUCAACUUUGGUUUUUAUAAAAAUGGCAAGCAAUGAUUGAAUAUGUAUUAAAGUAGAAAGCCCUUGUAAUGUGAGUAAUGUUUCACUUUUACAAAUAAAAGGAUCUCCUUAUUGCUCAG